CCUCCACAUGUAUAUCUCUAUCCAGAACGUAUUUUACUUCUUUGCGCAGCAUGUCUUUGUCGAUUGCUACGUUCUCUAAAGCUUCAAUAAGAUAUAAAGUGCAGAAUCCCUCAUCCAACUAUUUUGGAGACGACACCCCAACACCUCCGCAAAUUUCAUAUCUUAGACGAUGUUUCGGACGUAUACAGCAGUUUUCAAUCUUCUAUUCUUCCAAGAAUAGCAAGCAGGGGUGUCCCGUGAACCUUCUAGGUUGA